AAAGUGACAAAUAGAAGAAAAAGAGAGCCGUCAUCGUCGUCUUCUUCAUCACGCGGCAUCUCCUUCUUUACCACGCACUUUCCCUUUCUUUCUCUCUAUAAUUUCCCUUUUCUCUCUCUCUCUCUCUCUCUCUCUCUCUCUACCCAUUACUCAUUACGAUAAGAACCUUAGAAAAAUACAAAACCAUCCUUUCAAGCAUUUUAUCACACACAUAAACUUCAAUUCUGAAAGAACGACGUCAAAGCAUAAUAAGGAGAAGGCGAUGAUGCUACGCACGUUUUACAGGCCGUUGGAACGUUGUUUUGGGAGGAUAGCCGGUGGUGGAACUGCCGGUGGUGGUGGGGAUGGAUUGCUGUGGCAUACGGAAUUGAAACCGCAUGCUUCGGGGGAUUACUCGAUAGCAGUAGUACAAGCGAAUUCGAAUUUAGAAGAUCAAAGCCAAGUGUUCACGUCACCGUCAGCUACUUAUAUUGGGGUUUAUGAUGGUCAUGGUGGUCCUGAAGCUUCUAGAUUUGUUAAUAAACAUUUGUUCCCUUUUAUGCACAAAUUUGCUACAGAACAAGGUGGGUUAUCCGCGGAUGUGAUAAAGAAGGCAUUUAAUGCAACUGAGGAAGAAUUUUGCCAUUUAGUGAAACGGUCGUUGCCAAUGAAGCCACAAAUUGCUUCUGUUGGAUCAUGUUGUUUAGUUGGUGCAAUCACAGAUGAUGUAUUAUAUGUUGCAAACUUAGGAGACUCACGAGCAGUUCUUGGCCGAAAAGCUUUUGAGGAUAAAAAAAAACCGGUAGUGGCAGAGCGGUUAUCAACAGAUCAUAAUGUUUCUGUUGAGGAGGUUAGGAAGGAAGUUGAAGCGCUUCAUCCUGAUGACUCACAUGUUGUAGUGUAUACUCGUGGAGUGUGGAGAAUUAAGGGCAUAAUUCAGGUAUCAAGAUCUAUUGGCGAUGUUUAUCUGAAGAAACCUGAAUUUAACAGAGACCCACUGUUUCAGCAAUUUGGAAACCCUGUUCCCUUGAAACGGCCUGUAAUGACAGCAGAACCUUCAAUACUCAUUAGAGAGCUCAGACCACAAGACUUGUUCCUCAUCUUUGCUUCAGAUGGUCUGUGGGAACAGUUGAGUGAUGAGGCAGCAGUAGAGAUUGUUUUCAAAAACCCCAGAGCUGGGAUUGCAAAGAGAUUGGUGAGAGCUGCUCUUCAGGAGGCUGCAAAGAAAAGAGAGAUGAGAUAUGAUGAUAUAAAGAAAAUUGACAGGGGAAUAAGGCGUCAUUUCCAUGACGAUAUCACUGUGAUUGUGAUCUAUCUUGAUCACCAGAAAGGCACUUCAAAUGGUAGAUCGAAGCACAAUGCCGUUGGCUGCACAAUUGCGCCUGUUGACAUUUUCUCCCUAAAUGCAGACCAAGUAGAGCAGGAUCUACUUCGCACAAUUACUUGAACGUUUAAAAAAUCCUAGGAAAGGCAAUACUGACUUCUUGAAUUUAUACAAGGGAUUGAAGACAGAAGAAGGAUUCAGAGUUAUGUAGAUAAGUUGAUGAUAGGGGGAUGCGGAUGGAAAUCAGGAAAGUAAAAGACCUGUCAAUAGACAGUGCCAUGGACUCUUUCCAUGUGAAGAUCUAACCAUAGUUUUGUUCAUUAUGCUGUUGAUUUAUUGAUUCAUGAGAUGUGAGCACCAAUUUUGCACUUGGUAUUUAAAUUUAAGAAACUAAAGAUUCGAUUCUUCUUUCAUAA